AUGCGCCACAACGACAGCAGCACGGUCGACGUUAGUGUCAUCGGCCCCAAAACGUUGAAAGGCCAUGUCCUUACGGGCUACGUCACGGGUUUUGCUUCUGGAAAACGCAACUACGCGCCGUCCUUCGACGCGACGCACGUGGCCGCGAUGAAAGCGAUUGUUCAAGACGCCCUCUUG